AAAGAACUCAUGGAUCUAUAGUGGCUGAUCAACGUACCUUUGAACAAUACAAAAACGCUUCUUCCAACUAAAUUAGGCAAUUAAAUAAAAAAAACUUGGUGUAAAAUGGCUCUUUCAAAAGUUUCCCCGUCAAAUAUGGAAAUAGAAAGACUAAUACCAAAAGUUGACGAACUGUUGAGAGAUAUGGAUGUACUAAUAAAAGAAUCUCAAACUGAAGAAGAAAAGUUAAUGCAAGCGCUAAAGAGUCGUUUAAUUAUGGUUCAAGCAAUGGUUCAUAAAAGAUCUAAAGAAAUAUUGGCCGAUUUAGAAAAGCAAUUUAAAGAUAAGCGGGAAUCUUUAAAGUCCUUUUCAGAUGAAGUUAUGAAAUUGAAAACUUAUCACAGCAGCAUGAUAAAAAAUCCAAGUAUUAUGAGCGACUUGGUCGAAAGGAAACUUGACACAAUGAGACGUUGUAUAAGUCUCAAUUACAACGAAAAUGACCUCGCAAAAAUUGCAGAUGUUACAGUAAGUGAUUGUUUUAAGAAUAAUUUAAAGAAGAAGAAGAUUAUUCUCCUGGAAGACAAUGUCGAUAUAAAACGUAUAAUCGUCAGAGAAGAUUCCAUAUACAUGUUGAAAUUAUUGAAUGGAGAGGUUAUACUUACUGCGUAUUCUAACAAAGCAAUCUUUAUUAAGGAUCUAUGGAGAGAAAUCGGAUUUGCAUCAGAUUUUGAUAUUGAUUUCGAAAGACGUACUGUCUAUGUAUCAGAUGUUGGAUCCGAUAUUAGAAGAUCUAAAUUCUCCAUGGAUGGAUUAUCAUUUUCAAGAUGGUCUGACACGCAUAGAGUUACCAAUAUAUUUUGCAUGAAAAAUGGUCUUAUCAUUUACGAAUGCGGCGGUUGGUACAACGAUUAUUGUGAAAAUAUUAUCAUGCUAGAUUUUGAAGGAACUGAGGUAUGGAGGUUAAGACUGGCCGAGCAUGUGUCAAUUAACGUUUGCUAUAGCAAGAGUCUAAUUGCUACGUUGUGUGGUAAAACUCCUAUCAUUUAUGAUGGAAAUGGUAACCCGAUAAGUACAAUUGCUCCCCAACGUUUCGACACGGAUGGAGCUAAUUUGCUAUCAUUUAAUGUUUUUGGUCUAAUCUGCGCUUUUCGCAACUAUAAUAAAGCUUUCAGAUUCUGUGAAAGAGAUUGGAAAUGGAUACCAGUUGAUAUUGGCUUUAAACCUAAAAGAUUAGCUGUGUACAAUGAUCUUUUUGAAACGAGAAUCUAUGCUGUUGAAGAGAAUAAUAAAGAAAGGAGGCUCUACGUAUUCCUCGACUAGUAUAUUUAAAAUUUGUUAUCAAGUUAUUUUUUAAAUUAGUGAAGAGUGAUUUGUUUUCUUAUGAAAAGCCAUUUGUUAUUUAUAUUUGUAAAAUAAAGUUUAGUAAAGUGCUAUUUUAAGCUCCU